CGAUUCCACCAGGGGUCGAACCCAGAGCCUCUGGUUCUGCAGGCCAGCGCCUUAUCCAUUGGGCCAUGGCGUCCUUUCAUUAUAUCUAAGAAUAAAACUUCAUAAAUAAACUUAAAAGCACCGAAACCAGGCUAUCUGCCCAUAAUGAUUUACUUUAGGCGUAGUCUUUGCCCUUUGCUCCGGCUGGCAAAAUGAAAGGGAAGGGAAAGGAAGUGGGUAAUAUGGUUUCUACUUUAAUAUGUGAUAUUUUAUAAUUAUUUCAAUUAUGCUGCUAAUUUAGCUGAAUUUGGUAGAAGCCAGCCAAAAAAAAGUUGUUUUCUUUGUUCUUUUUUUGAGAAUAUGAAUGGAAUAUAGAAUCAGACACCACUCAAAUCGACAGACAAAAAAGCUAGGAAGCUGUGGUGUAAAAUAUCUUUGUCUUUCGGGGGUGAAUUGGAUUGGAUAUUAAAAGGAAGGAAAUGGGAAUGAAAAAGUCUUUGAGGAGCAAAGCUGUUCACUUUGUAACUGAUCUUACCACUGGCCUUCUUAACCCCAUUUCUGAUAAAUCCUCCUCGCCUCUUCACCCUCCUCCUGAAAAUGUGAGUAGGUCGAAAAGAAGCCAACUAGAGAAAGAGUUAAUCAGCAAGGAGGAGGAUGGGGAUCUAGUUGAUGGCCCUGAUACGUCUUCUUUUACUGCAUUCCUCUAUUCACUGUUGUCUUCUUCGGAAUCAGGUCAAGAUUUGAAUCAGGAUGAGCAGAAUGAUAAUCAAGAAGAAACUGGUGAUUCAUCCGACAACAUAAUGAAAGAGAAUGGUAGAAGGAAAAGCUUACUUUCUAGGGGUAAGCAAUCACUUAGAGCUCUUUACCAAGCUACUAGGAUCAGUGGAAACAAAAAUAAAGACAAGGGCGAUUCUGACACGAAAAGUGACGAUGAGGGUGAUGCUAAGAUCGAUGGGCUCAAGAUGAGACAUAUGCAAAAUGUUAAGGAGCCUUUGGCUUUGGGAGAACUUCCUGAAGCUUCUGAACCGUCAUUGCUUCUUACAGAGAAAACAAGAAAUGCCCUUUAUGCAUCACUUCCUGCAAUUGUUCAAGGGAGAAAGUGGUUAUUGCUCUACAGUACAUGGAGGCAUGGUAUAUCACUGUCAACAUUGUACCGAAGAAGCAUGCUCUGGCCUGGUCUCAGUUUGCUGGUUGUUGGAGACCGUAAAGGUGCAGUGUUUGGUGGUCUGGUUGAGGCACCCCUAAAACCAACUAAUAAGAAAUACCAGGGAACAAAUAGUACCUUUGUUUUCACGGAUAGACCCGGGGACCCAGUUAUAUUCCGUCCUACAGGUGCAAAUCGAUAUUUCACUCUGUGUUCCACUGAGUUUCUGGCAAUUGGUGGUGGUAGCCAUUUUGCACUCUAUCUAGAUUGUGAUCUCUUGAACGGAUCUAGCUCAUUCUCAGAAACCUACGGAAACCCCUGUCUUGCAUUAUCUGAAGAUUUUGAAGUAAAGGAGAUUGAGUUGUGGGGCUUUGUAUAUGGAUCAAAAUAUGAUGAAAUACUUGCUUUAAGUAGAACAGAGAUGCCUGGAAUUUGCCGAUGGUAAAACACCCUUCGAGCAUGAUGCUAUGCUUCAUUAACUUAAUCCUUAUAUUACAGUUGUGGGGCUUUGUAUAUGAUCAAAAUAUGAUGAAAUACUUGCUUUAAGUAGAACAGAGAUGCCUGGAAUUUGCCGAUGGUAAAACACCCUUUGAGCAUGAUGCUAUUUUACUUCUUCCUUGUGAUCAUCGACUACUGGGUGAGUUCUGAUGAUUUCUCAUUUGGUACAAUCAUCCUUUUCCCGAGUGUCGACAUAAUUAACUGGAUUUGGAAUAUUUCGUUGUAUAUAUCCUUUCACUGUUUAAUUAUGCUCGACUUGUAUAUACUUCCGGCAUCAAAGCUGAAUUGUGGCUAAAUGUUACUGAGAAUAUAUGGACAAGUCAAUAUAUUUUAUUUUCAGCAAA